AUGCUCGCUUAUCCAGGAGAAUGGCUAUGUACGUUACUGCUUCGAAGAUACCUGAAUGAAAGAACUGACAAAAGCUACCAGAGAUUUGAUCAAGGACCGUCUCUCCUUUUGCUCCCGAGGCUCUUCGUGGAUAUCUUCAAAGACCUCGGUACUUCAAUGCAGGAUGAAGGAAUUCAAUUGCUCAAGUGCGAGCCCAACUAUCGGAUCUGGUUUGGGGACCAUGACCGAGUUGACAUGUCAACGGAUUUGGCCAAAAUGAAACUAGAAAUAGAGCGCUAUGAAGGUGACGCAGGGUUUGACCAGUACUUGUCGUACAUGAAAGAGUCUGGCCAGCACCACGACCUGUCCAUGGCCUAUGUCAUGAAGAAAAACUUCACAAGCCUCUUCAGCAUGCUUCGGGCUGAGUUCCUGUUCUCUACCCUGCCACUGCAUCCAUUUGAGAGCAUAUACAGCCGGGCGAGCAGAUAUUUCGCUUCGGAAAAGAUGAGACGAGUUUUCACUUUUGCAAGCAUGUAUCUUGGGAUGAGCCCCUUCGAUGCCCCGGCCACAUAUUCGUUGCUCCAGUACUCCGAGCUUGCUGAUGGUAUCUGGUAUCCAGCUGGUGGGUUCCAAGGAGUCCUAGAGGCAUUGGCGAAUAUCGGGAAGCGCUUGGGAGUGAAGUAUCUCCUCAACCAGCCUGUAUCAUCAAUCCAGCUUUCCAAAGACGGGCACACAGCAGUUGGAGUGAAACUAGGGUCCGGCAAGACUUUGACUGCAGAUACGAUUGUUAUCAAUGCCGAUCUCGUCUACGCAUAUAACGAGCUCCUGCCAAUCUCUCCUCUGGCUAACGACUUGAAAACGCGACCUUCGUCAUGCAGUACUAUUUCGUUCUUUUGGUCCUUCGAUCGCGUCAUUCCAGAACUGCAGCCACAUAACAUCUUUUUGGCAGACGAGUACCGGGAAAGCUUUGACUCGAUUUUCAACGACCACACAAUACCAGCCGAUCCAUCAUUUUACGUGAAUGUUCCCAGUCGUGUUGACCCAAGUGCAGCACCACAGGGCAAGGACGCUGCAGUGGCACUUGUCCCAGUGGGUCAUUUGGUUGACAACAGCGCCUGGGCUGACGACAUGGAUUCUGUUGUGUCUAAAACCCGAGAGAGAGUCAUUGACACUAUCGAAUCUCGCACGGGUGCUCGAGGCCUGCGUGAUUGUAUCAUCUCAGAGCAAGUCAAUACACCAUUCACCUGGAAGGAGAAGUUCAAUCUCCACCAGGGGGCCAUCCUGGGGCUUUCUCACUCUUUCUUCAAUGUACUGAGCUUCCGCCCGAAGACCAAACACGACACCAUCAAGGGACUCUACUUCGUUGGUGCCAGUACACACCCCGGUACUGGGGUCCCAGUUUGUUUGGCAGGAAGUAAGAUAGUCUGUGAGCAGAUCCUCGAGAGUGUUGGUAUCAGGAAGCCAGGCAAAGGGCUCCAAAUGAUUCGCGGAUGGAUAACAUGUGGGAGGUUUGCGAUGUUCGCGCUUGUUAUUUUUGUUUGUGCUCUCGCUUUCGGCUUAAGAAGCUCUAGUUUACUAUAG